AGCUUAUCUCUCGCCCUCACAGACCCUCACACUCCUCUCAGACACAGAGCCACAGAGCAAAAUCUUGCACGGCGAGAGAAUUUUCCGUUCAGAGAUGGUGAGAAUAAUACCUAUGGCGUCGACGAUUCGGCCAUCUCUCUCGUCGCUGAAACUUCCUCUCCUGCGGUUUGCUCUCCCUCCCCACAGCCCCUCUCGCCGCCUCUCUAUGGUGCAUCUCGGUAGCGCUGUUCCACAGUCACAGUUUUUUGGUCUGAAAGCUGCUAAGCUGUUGAGAGGAGAGGGUAACAGCAUGGCAGUGGCCGCAGCUGGAAAUGCAGCCCAAGCAAGCACAGCAGCUACCCAAGAAAAUGUCCUAGAGUGGGUCAAGAAAGACAAGCGAAGAAUGCUCCAUGUUGUUUAUCGCGUUGGAGACUUGGACAGAACCAUAAAAUUCUAUACAGAAUGCCUCGGGAUGAAACUGCUGCGAAAACGUGACAUACCAGAGGAGAGAUACACAAAUGCCUUUCUUGGAUAUGGGCCCGAAGAUUCUCACUUUGUUAUUGAACUCACUUACAAUUAUGGAGUUGACAAGUAUGAUAUUGGUACUGGAUUUGGCCACUUUGGUAUUGCUGUUGAAGAUGUUGCAAAGACUGUGGAACUCAUAAAGGCUAAGGGUGGUAAAGUAACCCGAGAACCUGGUCCUGUCAAAGGUGGCACUACGGUAAUUGCAUUUGUUGAGGACUUUGAUGGCUACAAGUUUGAACUUUUGGAGAGGGGACCUACUCCUGAGCCCUUGUGUCAAGUAAUGCUUCGUGUAGGUGACCUUGAUCGUUCCAUAAAGUUUUAUGAGAAGGCCUUUGGCAUGGAACUUCUUCGCAAACGUGAUAAUCCAGAGUACAAGUAUACAAUAGCAAUGAUGGGUUAUGGUCCUGAAGACAAAAAUGUCGUUCUGGAAUUGACAUACAACUAUGGGGUCACCGAAUAUGAAAAGGGAAAUGCUUAUGCUCAGAUUGCAAUAGGCACAGAUGACGUUUAUAAAACUGCAGAAGCUAUUAAACUUGCUGGAGGAAAGAUUACCCGGGAACCUGGACCAUUACCGGGUAUCAGCACCAAGAUUACUGCAUGUUUGGAUCCUGAUGGUUGGAAGGCGGUUUUUGUAGAUAAUGUUGAUUUUCUAAAGGAGUUGGAGUGAGUUUUAGGAAAAUAUCAUACCAAGCUUGUGAGAACAAAACCUGUUACUUGGACCGAAACGAAUUGACUGAAGGCGUGAGAGAAUGUAUGAAAUCCCAUUUUGUAGAUAAGAUAAUAAUAAUUUCCAUUAUGAUUAUUAGCUUUACAGCUUUGUAGUUUGAGACUUAUAAUUCUGUUUAAUUAUUUUGCUCUAUAGAUGUCACAUGAAAAAAUUUCCUUGUGAAAUACUUAUGUUUGAUUUGGCUACCGAUUUCAAACAAGUUAAUCGUAAGCAAAUAGAUUGAUUUUUAAACCUGUAU